AAAGGGAAAACGUUGCGCUUCGGGAAGGUGCCGUUCGCCGCCGGACGGACACGUCUCGUCUACGUCGCGGCGCGGAGCGUGUGUGCGGCAGCAGCAGCAGCAGCAGCAGCAGCAGCAGCGGCUCUCCGUGAACGAGAGAUAGAGAGAGAGAGAGAGGGGGAUCGCCGGAGGAUUUUCGUUAUGUAUCGAUUUACUACGUAAAUACUCUGUCCCUUGCGCGCAAAACGGAGCGGCAAAUGGAGCACGCGGAAUGAGACUUUGCGGCACCGGUUGCGAGACAGUAAGAAGACAUGGAAGCCGCGGUGAUAGAAGUCCUACGACAGGCGGUCAGUCAGGACCCCAACGUUCUCAAGUCCGCGGAGGAAACGCUGAAGCAAUGGGAGACUCAGCAAGGAUUUUAUAUAGCGUUGUAUAAUGUUCUUUCAAAUCAUUCCUUGGCUAUCGAAGUUAGAUGGAUGGCUGUAGUGUAUCUGAAGAUCGGAGUCGACAGAUACUGGAGGAAAAAUGCGCCAAACGCAAUCGAAGACAAUGAGAAGGAAUUUCUGCGGCAGCACCUGCUCAGAAAUUUUGACGAGCCCAUGAGUCCAUUAUCUAUACAAUUAGCAGUCCUUAUUGCCAAGAUAGCAAGGUAUGAUUGUCCCAGAGAGUGGGGUACGCUGGUACCAACAUUGUUGGAAGUAAUCCGGCAAGAAAACCCUUUGGCGCAGCGUCAGGCGGUACUGACGCUGCACCGCGUCGUCAAGGCCUUGUCGUCACGACGCCUGGCCGACGGACAGAGGCUCUUCCGAGAAUUGACUGCGACUAUGUUCAAUUUUAUUCUAAAUCUAUGGAACACUUAUACCGAGUCCUUCCUGAUUAUGGCGUCUAACGGGGCCGACGUCAGUCAGACACAGGAAACCUUAGAGAAAGCACUUCUACUAUUAAGAAUACUUAGGCAACUGAUCGUACAUGGUUUCUCCAAGCCAUCCGAAUCUCAAGAUGCCAUGUUGUUUCUGAAAGUCGUUUUCGAGCGUGCAAGGACCUGCCUUGAGUGCCGAAAAACUUUAGCUUCUAGAGGAGUACAAGUGGAUGUGUGCGAAAAGUUUAUAAUACAUUUGACCAAAGUUUUAAUAGGUGUCUUAGAAAUGCAUCCGUUUUGCUACGUGGAAUUCAUACCGACUUCUCUAGAGUUCUCCGUUUUUUACUGCUUCACAGAAGCUGGCCAAGCGUUAGCAUUUGAAAAAUUUAUUAUUCAGUGUCUGAAUUUAAUGAAGACCAUUUUAUUAUCGACGUAUUAUAGACCAGCUAAGGUUAUCGAAGAGACGAAAGAUCCAUUGGUUUUGAGGGCGUGCCAAUUGAGGCAAGAAUUUUUCACACCGGAAAUAUUAACGGAGAUUUGCUCCAGGCUUGUCACGCAUUACUUCCUUUUGACACCUGCGGAUCUUGAAAUGUGGGAUCUUCAGCCAGAAAAUUUCGCUAUUGACGAUGGCGGAGAAUCAUGGAAAUAUAGUUUGAGGCCUUGCACAGAAUCCUUAUUUUUGGCGAUCUUCCAUCACUUUAGAGACGUUCUCGCUUCGGUUCUGGUUGAUUUGAUGCGACAGCAUCACCAACCGGUAGAUCCUAACAACUUGCAUGCGAUUUUAGUGAAGGACGCGGUCUACCGCGCGGUUGGUCUCGCCGCAUUCGAUUUGUACGACGAGGUAAACUUCGAUCAGUGGUUUUCGACGACUCUAAAGGAGGAAUUAAAGGUUCGCAAUAACAAUUACAGAAUUAUCAGAAGACGCGUGUGUUGGCUGAUUGGCCAGUGGACGAAUAUCAAAUUAAGCGAGGAAUUAAGGCCGGAGUUGUACAAGCUCAUGAUAGAAACGUUGAAUCCCGAGGAGGAUUUGGGAGUUCGUUUAGCGGCGAGCAAUGCAUUGAAACAGGCGAUCGACGAUUUCCAAUUCAAUUCGGAGAAAUUCUCUCCCUUCCUGGAGCCAGUCUUUUCUCUACUUUUCGCGCUUCUUAAGGAAGUAAACGAGUGCGAUACAAAAAUGCAUGUGCUAUACGUUUUAUCUUUCAUUAUCGAGCGCGUUGGCAGCGGAAUCAAGCCGCAUGUCGGCGCACUCAGCUCGUAUCUACCGGAACUCUGGCAGCAAUCUGAGAAAUACAACAUGCUGAGGUGUGCCAUAGUAUCGACUCUGAUACACUUGGAGAAGGCUCUGGGUUCUGAGAGCGUUAUUCUGGAGCCGUUGGUGGUGGGCGUCGUGGCUCUGAGUGUCGACGUUAAUCAAGAGGGGCACGUUUAUUUAUUAGAAGACGGACUGGAGCUGUGGAUAGCCCUGUUGGAGAACGCGCCCACUCCGACGCCAGCUAUAAUGGAUCUCUUCAGGAACAUGCCAGCGUUAUUGGAUCAAUCCACGGAGAAUCUGCGUUUAUGUUUAUACAUAAUUCAGGUGUACGUGUUACUGAGCCCGCAGGACUUCUUCACUCAGAGGGGCUCGGUGGUCAUUGAAUCGCUGAAAACGCUCCUCAGUGAUUUGCGGUCGGAGGGCAGAGCGAUGGUGCUGAGAUUGUUCGAGAUCUGCCUCAGAACCUCCCCUCAACAGGGUGCGGAAUUGAUAAAGCCCGUUUUGCUAAAGAUAUUCGAGACAGUUUACAAUGGCGAUGAGUAUCAUUUAGUCAUGGCCAUGAAUCUUUCUAUCGUCGCGAGAGUUUUACUAGGUUCCCGUGAUAUUUUUGUACAGGUAAUCGGCGAUUUAGCGCAGAGUAUAGUAACGGAAACGAGGGAGGACGUCGUACUCGGAAAACUGAUACACAGUUGGGUCAAUGCAAUGCCGCUGGUGCCUCAGACCGAAAGGCGCAAGUUAUUAGCCCUUGCACUCUGUUCCCUCCUCGGGGCGAACAGUCCGCCCACGGUUCUCGAAUACUUCCCGCAGAUAAUAUUGAACAUUGUCGAGACGCUUAACGACAUCACCAAGUUUGACGAUAUGGGGUACCCAGUCGAUUCCUUAAUGAUUAGCGAUCAGCCCAGUCCUUCGCAGUACGAGGACGUGGAUUAUGAAACCGAACACGCUCAACGACAGAAGAGACUCGUCUUCAGCGAUCCUGUGCACAGUAUAUCUUUAAAAGAUACGCUCCAAAGUCAGCUGAUCACGUUGCGAGGAAUAGUUGGGGAUCAUCAGUUUGACCAAUUGAUGCUUACACUCAACUCGGAGAUCGACGAACAACUCAAGGACUACAUAUCGUUGUAAGGAAGGGACAAGAUCAAAACGCAAUGCAGGAUGUUUCAACAAAAACGCUACGUAAUGAUGAAGCUUUAUGAUAAAACGAAGCUCUUCUGUAAAACGGUACUAUUUUAUUGUAUAAUAUUACCAUCUGUUUCAUUGUAUUAAUAAUGAUAAUAAAAGUAAUCUUGGCCUUGUUUGUUUCCGAA